CCUAGUGUUCAAUUUGUUAUCUCUCUGCCUCUCUCUCCGUCGUCGUCGUGCUCCUUCUCCUCUAUCUUCCCAAUUCUCAACAGCAGCCAUGAUAAUUCCAGAGAAGAACAGGAGAGAGAUCUCCAAGUACCUGUUCCAAGAGGGAGUUUUCUAUGCGAAGAAAGAUUUUAAUUUGGCGAAGCAUCCCGAGAUCGAUGUCCCAAACUUGCAGGUGAUUAAGCUGAUGCAGAGCUUCAAGUCCAAGGAGUACGUCCGGGAAACCUUUGCUUGGAUGCAUUACUACUGGUAUCUUACGAACGACGGCAUCGAGUUCCUGAGGACUUACGAAAGGCGGCUUGUGAGGUUAUGA